AUUUUCAAUUCUAACCUCAACUGUCACAUUGACGUUAAAAUGACAGCUGUCAUAACAAUUGUCAAUAAAUCACCUGUCAGCAGGAUUUUUACAAAUUCGUUCCGUGGAGCGAAAACUUUUAGAAGUAUUACAAAGAUGUCAAACUGUAUUUUUUGCAAAAUUAUCUCAGGUGAUGCCCCUGCUGAAAUCUUCCAUCAGGAUGACAAAAUGAUUAUUUUCAAGGAUAUUAAACCGGCCUCCAAGCACCAUUUUUUAGCUGUGCCAAAAGAACACAUCCCUAAUGUAAAUAGUCUCUCCAAAAAUCAAAUUCCAUUAAUUAAUGAUUUAAUAGCCAAAAGUAAACAGGUUUUAGCUGACAAAGGAGGUAAUCUAGAUGAUACAAGACUAGGUUUUCAUUUACCACCGUUUAAUUCAGUAUCGCAUUUGCAUUUACACAUAAUAUCACCAGUUUCGGAAAUGUCUUUCAUAAGCAGUUUUGUGUUCAAGCCCAAUAGUUGGUGGUUUACUUCUGUGGAUCAAAUCCUGGAGAAAUUAGAAAAAAGCAAAUUAUGAGACAUUUUAUAUCAUACUUUAUUGGUAGGGUUAUAAGACACAUUAUAAUAUAAAAAAUAAAAUAAAUUCUGAUGGAAUGGUUA